CCUCCCUCCGCCUCGCCGGCCAUCGUUCCCGGGAGGCGGCCGCGGCGGAUGGUCCGCGUUGUCCCGCCGCUGCUCCUGCUGCCGCCGCCGCCGCCGCCCCCCGCCCGCCCCUCACGGAGUCGUCGUCGUCGUCGGCGGCGUCGGCGGCAGAUGGCGCGGCGGGGAGCGGGUUGGCGGGGUGGAAGGCCGUCACCGCCGACACCACCACCGCCACCGCCGCCGCCAUCAUCACCGCCGCCGCCGCGGCGGUUACUUUUGGCUUUAUUGCUGUUGUUGAUGCCGGCUUUACCGGGGUUGGGGCCCGCAGCCGCCGCUGCCGCCGCCGCCGCCGCCGCCGCCGCCGAGGAGGUGGCGGCGAAGGAAUGCGACAAGCCGUGCGCUAACGGCGGGCGGUGCCAGCCGGCCAGCGGGCAGUGCGAGUGCCAGCCCGGCUGGGUGGGCGACCAGUGCCAGCACUGCGGGGGGCGAUUCCGACUCACUGGCCCUUCAGGGUAUGUAACGGAUGGGCCUGGAAAUUACAAAUACAAAACAAAAUGCACCUGGCUCAUUGAAGGAAGGCCAAACACAAUCCUCAGGCUUCGAUUCAAUCACUUUGCGACAGAGUGCAGUUGGGACCACUUGUAUGUGUAUGAUGGAGAUUCAAUUUACGCUCCCUUACUGGCAGCUUUUAGUGGUCUUAUUGUUCCUGAGAAAGAUAGCAAUGAAACUGUACCAGAAGUUGUAGCUACUUCUGGAUAUGCCCUUCUGCAUUUCUUCAGCGAUGCUGCCUAUAAUUUAACAGGGUUUAACAUCACAUAUAAUUUCAAUAUGUGUCCCAAUAAUUGCUCCGGCCGAGGAGAGUGCAAACUCAAUAACAGCAGCAAUGCUCUUGAAUGUGAAUGUGCCAAAUAUUGGAAGGGAGAAGCCUGUGAUAUUCCGUACUGCACAGAUGAUUGUGGGGCACCCGAGAGAGGACACUGCAACUUUAAUGAUACUAAGGCAUGUGUGUGCUCUGCAGGCUGGCAAGGUCCUGGCUGUUCAAUUCCUGCUCCUGCAAACCAGUCGUUUUGGACCCGGGAGGAAUACUCUUUUCCAAAACUUCCUAGAGCAUCUCACAAAACCGUAAUCCAUGACAAUAAAAUGUGGAUCAUUGGAGGCUAUGUCUUCAAUCAUUCUGACUCUCAGAAGGUUUUAGCGUAUGAUCUUAUUUCUGAAGAGUGGCUUCCACUGGACAACACUGUGAACUCCGUAGAGAUGAGAUAUGGUCAUUCGUUGGCAUUACAUAAGGACGAUAUAUACAUGUAUGGUGGAAAAAUAGAUGCGACGGGGAACGUGACCAGCCAGCUGUGGGUGUUCCACAUUCCCACCCAGACCUGGGCUCAAGUGACGCCGAAAGCCAAGGAGCAGUACGCUGUUGUUGGCCACUCGGCACACAUCGUCACCCUGCAAGACGACAGUGCCGUCAUGCUCGUCAUCUUUGGGCACUGCCCUCUUUAUGGGUACAUCAGCAACGUCCAGGAAUACAACCUGGCCACAAAUACAUGGAACAUUUUACAGACGAGUGGAGCUUUGGUGCAAGGAGGGUAUGGUCACAGUAGUGUUUAUGAUCCAAAUACAAGAUCAAUUUAUAUCCAUGGAGGUUAUAAAGCAUUCAGUGCCAACAAAUACAGGCUAGCAGAUGACUUGUACAAAUAUGAAGUUAAUUCCCGUAUGUGGACUAUUCUUAAAGACAGUAAAUUUUUUCGCUAUUUGCACACGGCUGUGAUAAUGAGUGGAACCAUGCUGGUGUUUGGAGGAAACACGCACAAUGACACCUCCAUGAGCCACGGCGCAAAGUGCUUUUCUUCAGAUUUCAUGGCGUAUGAUAUUGCUUGCGAUCGGUGGUCUGUUCUUCCUCGCCCGGGUCUCCAUCACGAUGUGAACAGGUUUGGACAUUCUGCCGUGCUGUACAACAGCACCAUGUAUGUAUUUGGAGGCUUCAACAGCCUCCUCCUGAGUGACAUCCUGAAGUACACACCCGAGAGAUGUGAAGCUUUUGACAACGAAACGGCCUGCUUGCGAGCAGGUCCUGGCAUCAGAUGCGUGUGGGCUACCAGCCCUCCUCGCUGCGUGCCCUGGGAAAUGGCGACGGUAGAGCAGCAGCAAAAAGUCUUCGAAGACUGUCCUCCCAAGCCAGCUGUAGACAAUGAAAAAUGUGAUCAGAUUACAGACUGCUAUAGCUGUACAGCAAAUACAAACCACUGUCAAUGGUGCACUGACCAGUGUAUCUCAAUGCAUAACAACUGCACAGAGGAACAGGUUCCUAUUACUCUGUAUGACAGUUGUCCUAAAGAUAACCCUGCCUAUUACUGUAACAAAAAGACAAGUUGUAAAAGCUGUGCCAUGGAUCAAAACUGUCAGUGGGAACCUAGGAACCAGGAGUGCAUCGCUUUACCAGAAAAUAUUUGCGGAACAAACUGGCAUUUGGUCGGCAACUCUUGCUUGAAAAUUACAAACGCCAAGGAGAACUAUGAUCAUGCCAAACUGUCCUGCAGAUCCAACGGUGCUUUGCUGGCUUCUCUCACGACCCAGAAAAAGGUAGAAUUUGUUCUAAAGGAGCUGCAGAAGAUGCAGUCUUCGCCCAAAACUUUGACUCCAUGGGUUGGACUGAGGAAAAUCAACGUGUCGUAUUGGUGCUGGGAAGACAUGUCUCCCUUCACCAACACCCUGCUCCAGUGGCUCCCCGAUGAACCAAGCGAUGCUGGAUUUUGUGGUUAUUUAGCCGAGCCUUUCCAGCAGGGACUGAAGGCAGCAACGUGUAUCAACGAAGUCAACGGCAGUGUCUGCGAAAGGCCAGCGAACCACAGCGCCAAGCAGUGCCGCACGCCCUGCGCCCUGCGGACGGUGUGCGGGGAGUGCACGAGCGGCAGCUCCGAGUGCAUGUGGUGCAGCAACAUGAAGCAGUGCGUGGACUCCAACGCCUACGUGGCCUCUUUCCCCUACGGGCAGUGCAUGGAGUGGUACACCAUGAGCAGUUGUCCGCCUGAAAACUGUUCAGGCUACUGCACGUGUGCUCACUGUUUGGAGCAGCCCGGCUGCGGGUGGUGCACCGAUCCGAGCAACACCGGCAAGGGCAAGUGCAUCGAAGGCUCUUACAGAGGUCCGGUCAAGAUGCCAGCCCCAUCCGCAACAGGGAAACACAGCUUGGAGCCCGUCCUUAAUGUCAGCAUGUGUCCUGUGGAGAACAACUAUAAUUGGUCUUUUAUUCAGUGUCCAGCCUGCCAGUGUAAUGGGCACAGUAAGUGUGUAAAUGAAAGCAUCUGUGAGAAGUGUGAAAAUCUGACAACUGGCAAACACUGUGAAACUUGUAUCUCAGGCUACUACGGCGAUCCUACUAACGGAGGAACAUGUCAGCCUUGCAAGUGCAAUGGCCACGCGUCUGUCUGUAACACAAAUACAGGGAAAUGUUUCUGCACCACCAAGGGAAUAAAAGGAGACGAGUGUCAACUGUGUGAAGUCGAAAACAGAUAUCAGGGAAAUCCACUUAAAGGAACGUGUUACUAUACUCUUCUCAUUGACUAUCAGUUCACCUUCAGUCUUUCUCAAGAGGAUGAUCGCUAUUACACAGCAAUCAACUUUGUAGCAACACCCGAAGAGCAAAACAGAGACCUGGACAUGUUUAUCAAUGCAUCUAAAAACUUCAACCUCAACAUUACUUGGUCCACAAGUUUUGCAGCUGGCACGCAGGCUGGGGAGGAAAUUCCAGUUGUUUCAAGAACCAAUAUAAAAGAAUACAAGGACAGUUUCUCCAAUGAGAAAUUUGAUUUCCGCAACAAUCCAAACAUCACUUUCUUCGUUUAUGUCAGCAAUUUCACCUGGCCGAUAAAAAUACAGAUUGCAUUCUCACAACACAGCAACUUUAUGGACCUGGUACAGUUCUUUGUGACAUUUUUCAGUUGUUUCCUGUCUUUGCUCCUGGUGGCAGCUGUGGUUUGGAAGAUUAAACAAAGUUGCUGGGCAUCACGACGAAGAGAGCAACUACUCCGUGAGAUGCAACAGAUGGCAAGUCGCCCCUUCGCCUCCAUCAACGUUGCCUUAGAAACAGAUGAAGAGCCGCCAGAUCUCAUUGGGGGAAGCAUAAAGACUGUACCAAAGCCAAUAGCGCUGGAGCCCUGCUUUGGGAACAAAGCAGCCGUUCUCUCUGUAUUCGUGAGGUUGCCUCGAGGACUUGGGGGUAUACCACCACCAGGACAGUCAGGUCUUGCAGUGGCCAGUGCACUGGUGGACAUUUCACAACAGAUGCCAAUUGCCUACAAAGAGAAAUCGGGUGCAAUACGAAAUCGGAAACAGCAGCCCCCUGCACAGCCAGGAACCUGUAUUUGAUGCAUGGACAUCAGAAACUGUUUAGGGUUUUAAACAAAAUGGAGAAGUAAUUCCUAGGAGGAGGAGGAGAAGGAUUUCCAAGUUGUGUCACAAGAGACUAGAAGCACUCAGAAAAACACAACUUCCUUGAACCCAACUUUUUCUCUCAUCUACGUGAUAGUUGGCUUUGUUUGACAACUGCUCCACUUAAGUUUUACUGACACGUGGCUUCAGAUUGCUCCUUUGUUUUCUUGAAGUUUAAAGUAAAAUAAUUUUAUUGCAGGUCCAGUAACAUCCGAUCACCACCAUUCAUGGUCAGUGUAAAUAGAACAGUAGUCCAAUAUGAAUGACACUCAGGUUUAUACAUGGAAAGUGCUUUGUAGUUCAUGUAUUUAUCAAACUGUACAAAAAGAAAAAGAUGCAGUGUUUACAGGUGUCAGCUCUCAACACAUAAACACUACUAUUAAUCUUCAAAGCAUCUUCAUCCUUUGUUUUCAUUUAAUACUAUAUGUUUAUUCCCUCAUUAUUUAAGUGGAACUCUCUUCCAGAUACAGCGUUUUUGUAGUCAUCAUGGUCCAGAACAUCAGGAACGCAAAAGCCGGAGUGGUUUAAAGGUUGAUGUUGCGUGUUGCUCAGACCACAUGCAAUACCUGGAGAAGUUGAAUGUUGCUUUUGAAGGACUCAGUGUUUACAUAGUCUUAACCUGCUUGGCGUACACCACACACAAGUGCCUAGACUUGAACAGAUCUAGGGAGUGAGGAGACUGCUACACAUAUUUCUUUUCAACAUAAUUAUAUUCCUUUUAAAUAUAUAUAUACACACAGAUAUAUAUAUAUAGUCACCCAAGGCAAUCUGUGUUCUUUGUAAUAUAUCACGUGCAGUCAGGGGAAAAUGGCAUUUUCCUGACCAAAAAACUACUCAACCAGAUGGGAAAUAUCUGGAGGGAAAGCAGAGUUUCAGUAUCUCAUAAGACAACUCCUGGUUUCACCAGCUCUUUUAAUAGAAGCAGUUUGUGUUCCAGGUCAGAUACGUUAUAUUUCUUCUGAUUUUUCUCUGCCCUUUUGGCUUCUUUCCCUGCCCCUUCCAUCCUGCCACUCUUCUGGAUGAGAGCUGAGCUGUGCCAGGGCUCAGAGCCAUCGCUCCUCAGCAGAAGGGUUUGCUCUGUCUCCUUACAAGGUGCAAAAAGCAACACUCCAGGUGCCAGAUCAUUUGAGGAUGGAGUAAAAAAGAACUUUAAAUAAAAAGCAAGGAGAGCAGCUUCGUUUGGCCACAGGUUUGAGUUCUACACGAUCAGUUACUGAUAUUUCCCAUUGGGGUUGAACUCUCGUAGAUGUUGAAGAAGGUUUCCCGUUGGGGUUGAACUCUCGUAGACGUUGAAGAAGGUUUCCCGUUGGGGUUGAACUCUCGUAGACGUUGAAGAAGGUUUCCCGUUGGGGUUGAACUCUCGUAGACGUUGAAGAAGGUGGCUUGUUGGUGAAAAGGAAGGGACUUGCAAACAGCAAAGUUAAGGCUUGGCUUUUGGGGGACGUAUCAAACCGUCUCAAGUACUCUGACUAGUUGGAAUUAUGUUUUGAGGUUCAAGGUUGGACUUAACCCAUCAAGUCUGCACGUGCUGGUGCCCAACGUCUCCCUCGAUUCUGGAACGUGGCGCAGUGCCGGGGCCGCGCAAAGUUGUGGUGUUGAAGCCGGUAGGAAGAUGUUACGUGAAGGUGCCAAACGAGGCGUGUAAUUGUUGCUUAAUCACAGUAAGUGCAGUUUCAUUCAGGUCGCUGAGUUGCUGGUUUCUGAUGAGGACAUCUAGUAUUUAUGAAAUGGAGAACUAACAAAUCGAGGGCAGCGAAGGAAAGUACUCUUGAGUCUUCUGGCCAGGUAGCACCCUCUUCCAAAAUGAAACCCAAGUAACUGCGUCUUUUUUUGUGCAUGUUUUGGUGAUCGAUCACAUAUCAGCCACUCAUUUUUGGUUUUGUUUUUUUUUUUUUAACCAUGUAUUUUAAAGAAGCUCUUUGGAGCGCAGUGGCAUCGCAAUAAAGACAUGAAUUGCUGUGCGUGUCUGGACAGCAGUGAUGGGGGACAGCCUGCUGGUUUAAAGACAGUGGUGGAUUAUAAUUCUGAUUUAAUGUGUCAUUUAAUAAAUACAAUGGGACUGCAGAAAAAAUAUUGUCGAAAAAAUGCAUUUUAUAUAUAUACACGUGUGUGUGUGUAUUUAUAUAUAUAUAUAUAUAUAUAUAUAUAUAUAUAUAUAUAUAUAUAAAAAAAUGCAUCUGUUUCUAAACUGGAAGUUAACUGCCCCCUGGGGAGAAGAAAUUAUGGGACGGAAAGGGGUGAGCUUUGUCCUUUAGAAUUGAAAGGGUUUAGGCAAUUUAAGUUUUAACUGAUGCACAGAUUACCUCAGACAGAUUCAUCUCCUGAAAAUAUUUUCUAACUUCCUAUGUGUAUAAGGCUAACCUGAACUAGAGAAAUAAUACUGGACUAAAAUCCCUCCCCUGUUAUUACUUUUCAUGUUUUCAGUCGUGAUGCACAUCCUCAUGUUCAGAGAUGUCAUCUUCUUGUUUCUCCAACACUUUUUUGGGGAGGAGAACUGCCAACCCAAAUUGAGAAAGCUCUUGUGCUUAAGUCUCCAUAUUUAGGACAGCACUUAAGCAGGUGCUUAAAAGUUGUUGCUUAGGUUUUCCUGAACAGAAACAACUUUCAGAACAAUAGGCCUGGAGGAGUGAUGUAGUUUUACGUUAACAAAAAGAUGUAAAUGUGGUUUGUUGGUUGGUUGGUUUUUUUUUUUUUCCCCCCCCUGGAGAGCUGGGUUGUCUGGUCUCAAAAGCUUAUGGUGGAGCGUGCCCAGAAGUGUAGCCACAAAGUGAGGUGUCAGAUCUUGGAAAGACGAGCAAAAAUGAUCAAACUUUGAGGUUUAGCAGAACCAAAAAAUGUAAAUAGAGGAACAAGACUUAUUUAUAUAAAUAAAAUGAAACAGCUCCUUUAGGAUGUAGCUCUGCUCUGCAUCUUAUCUCCAUAUUGAUGAGGGGAAAAGAGAACUCUCAUACAUAUUUCUGCUGCAAACAGUUUCAUCCCAGCUUAAAGGUAAAACAGAGACGAAGGUGGGAAUGGAUGGGGGGAAGAAGAAUUGCCGGUGGUUUAUCACCAGGCCAAUAUCAAAAGUGAAGGAUUUGUGGGUUUAUUUCUUUUGGAGGUGAGGGUGGGGGAAGAGCAACCUUAUUUCAUGGGAGAAUCUGUAAAUAAAUGAAAAAUAACACACCGAUUUUGCACUUGUACAUAAACUAUACAGUAGCGUGCAGAACAUUGAAAGAUUUAAAGUGUAUAUAAACCAGAAAAAUAUUGAAUGUAUUUUUGAUGCAUUUUAAAUGAUGUAUGAGUUUUGUCUUAAUAACUUCUUCAUAUGAUGAGUAUUAGAUAACUUUCCAGAGCUUUAAAGAAACAUCAAAUUAUAUUCGUGAUAUCUUGCAGUAUAAAGCAGGGAGGCAUAACUUGACUUUUAUGUAUUCAAAUGCAUUUCACUUAAAUGUAUAAGCGCAGUAAAAUACGGCUCUUCCAUUUGAAAGGGGGGAAAAAAAAACGCUUGAAGACAAGUAAUAAAUGUACUUAAAGUAGUCAUUACUUGGAGGAUUAAGUCAGCAGUUUAAGCCUCUACCAUUAAGAUUGUGCCAGUGAUUUCCAUUCAAAAUCACUAUUUUUCAAGCGUUUAUAACUGGCUGAAAUUCAGCAUUCAAGGUCUCAACCCUCAGAACAAUUCUAUUCAUUGAGAGUAGCCUUUAAAAAAAAAAAUAAAAAUCAGAAAUGUUGUAGCCCUUUUAUUCUAGAAAGCAACAGUGCCAUUGGAUCUCCAAAUCACAUACGUUUUUUUGGUGCACCGUUUUCCAUUCUUUUUAGCCCAGGAUUUUCUCUGGACUGUUGUAGCAUGAGCGACAGGAGACCCUGCCACAGCAUGGGUCAAGAUGUUGGAUACAAGAAGAUUUAUGGGACACAACUUUUGAGUUAUUGCCACUCUCCCUGGGCUUAAAAUGCGCUGUAUCGAAAUUGCCAAAAUAAAGCUAUACACGAUGGGGUAAUGCCUGUGAUUAGCAUAAAGUCAUAGUGUAUAACGUACCAAAAUUUGAUGGUAUGGUACCAUAAAAGCAUGGCAGGCCCUGUUGGCAGAUACACGCUUCUUAGGGGUAGUUUGUAUACUAAAUAUUGCUCAGAAACAUCAUUUUCCCUGCAGUAAGUGUUUACCAAAAUACAUAGUCGCUGGGUUUAUAGUAUGGUUUUAAAAUGGCAGCUCAGCUUGCUUGGCCCUAAAUAAGCUGAAAUGAGCUUUUGAUGAAAUACCCUCACUCAAGAGGCUGAAAUAAAAAUUGAGGCUUUCCCCAUAACCCGCUGAAGGUCCAGUGCCGCAAAGAUGAGGCUGAUUCUCUGUCCUUAACUGCUCCCGAUGUUAGCAGCUGCUUUUUCUUUUCCACGAGACCCCGAGUUAGGGUCGGAGCAUCAGCUCCAUCUCUGAACCCGCAAAACCCCUUUUCCCAGCAAACAGGGAUUUGCCGGCACUGAGCUUGCGAGAAAGCAAAGAACGGACCCUACGUGCCAGGAGCGACUUUUAAACUCAUCCAUCCAGCUCGCAGUAAGCUGCCGAUGUCUCUUCUUUUCCCGUUUCCUUUUUCUCUUCAUUUGGGAAUACCACAUGGGAAAGGGAGGGAGGGGGUUCGGGGUUUUCGGAGCCGCCGGAGCGAAGCUGCGAAAGCGGGUUGGGAGAGUCGUGCGUGUUUUAAAUGGAAAAGUACCGCUGGCAGAUGCGCGCCGGAGCGUUCAGGGAUGCGGGAGCAAAGGGAAGGGAGGGAUAGGUGUGCGUUUCUCAUUUUCGGACGUGUUGUUGGCAAUUUUAGUCAAAUUCACGCUCUUUCUGUUGAUAGCUGCUUAAAUUAAAUUAGUUUCUAUUGCUAGGAAUACUACAAUAAUGUGUAUAUGCUGGGUUUUUCUGCUUCUGCGUCAGGGCAGGUUUUGUUCAGUUUAUUAUUUCGUUCUAACACUACGCGUGGACUAUUUUUGUGCGUCUUCCAGGUACUAUAGUUCUUUACAUAUUUCCUCUACAUUUAUCAUUGAUUCCACAAACAUCACCAGAAGAAAGAAGAAGAAAAAAAAAAAAAAUUGUGGAGGAGUGUAACAUAUGUCAGUCCAUUAUUAUUUUUUUUUUAAAAAAAGCAAAAAGAAAAUAAAAAUAAAGAGUUUUAUAUUACUCUGAAAUUUGUGCACAAUAAAUGUUCUUUACACUAAGAUCCUUGAAUUAAUUGUAUUCUGGAUUUUUUUCUUUGUUCUGUAAUUAUUUACGAUUCUUAUCUGUGUUCAGACUUGAGCUUAGUUUGUUAAUAUGUAUAAUUUAGCAUUUAUUGCAUUCAUAUGUAAAUAUGAGCAAGUAUUGUAAACUAUUUCAUUGCCGGGGGUUGUGGGUGUUAUACAUACACACAUUUAGGACUGCAGUUUUUGGUAUAAUUUUUUGUAUUGUAAAAUAACAGCUAAUUUAAAGCAGGAACGAGAAAAUUAUUGGGAGGUCUGUGCAUUUUAAAUACAAAUGUGAAGUACAUGUAUAUAAAUAAAAGUAAAUAAUGCAAA